CCUGUCCCCGGUGCUCUCUGUGAAGCUUUCAGUUAAUAUCUCCUGCUUGCUCUGCGCCUUUGCCUUGCUCUGCAGUUUUCGAGGAGGCCUGGAUGUCAGCCACGGGCAGACGGGAGCGGAGUCUGUGUACACGGUGUUCAGGGACAGGGAGAUCAUGUUUCACGUCUCUACAAAGCUGCCUUUUACCGAAGGGGACACACAGCAACUCCAGAGGAAGAGGCACAUCGGCAAUGACAUCGUGGCGAUUAUCUUCCAAGAGGAGAACACGCCGUUUGUCCCCGACAUGAUUGCCUCCAACUUCCUGCACGCCUACAUCGUGGUGCAGGUGGAGAACGCCCAGGGGGACGGCACGGCGUACAGGGUGUCAGUCACAGCCAGGGAAGAUGUCCCCUCCUUUGGUCCACCCCUGCCGAGCCCACCAGUGUUCCAGAAGAGCCCCGAGUUCCGGGAGUUCCUGCUGACCAAGCUCAUCAAUGCUGAGAACGCCUGCUGCAAGUCCGACAAGUUUGCCAAGCUGGAG